AUGUAUAACAUUCUAUUGAUCAUCGUUCUUUAUUUUCUCAUACAUCAAUCUUUCGCAACAACUCGUGUGGAAAACAUAACAGUAACACAGGAUGAAAAUGUUCGUUUUCACUGUCAAUUUCCAUCGGAUAUUUCUUUCGAUGAAAAUAUAAUACAAUGGAAAAAAUAUCGUUCAAGCGAAGACAAUAUUCUUAUAUCAAUCAAUGGAAAAGUUUCGAGAAAAUACGAAAAAACCUAUCAAACGAUUUUAACCGAUCGAUCGAGUUCAUUCGAUGUAUUACAUGUCACUAAAGAAGACUCAACAACGUAUAUUUGCCAAACAUUUGAAACGCAAACAAUACUCUGUCAAUAUAAUCUCGUUGUACUUAUUAAGCCCGAGGCACCAUCAUUAACAAUCAAUAAAGAGAAUAUUGAAGAGUAUCAAGCUGUUACGUUGACAUGUUCAUCAUUGAAUGGAAAUCCUCCGCCUCAAUACACAUGGUAUCGCAAUAGCAUACUUGUCACUUCAUCGGACGAACAAGUGACCACAACGAAUAAUAAUUCAAUAUAUACAUUUAAUGUCACUCGUUUUGACAAUAGUGUGCUAUACGAAUGUCAAAUCUGGAAUCAAGCACUUACAAUGCCGCUUCGUAUUGAACAAUAUUUACACGUUAAAUAUCGGCCAUAUGUGAAUAUACUUGACGAAACAACAAUAUUCUCAAGUGAAAAAAAUCAUAUAAGAAAAAUAAUCGGUAUUGAACAGCAACAGUUUAAUUUAACAUGUCAUUUUGAUGCAAAUCCAUCGCCGACAUCUAUCUAUUGGCUAACGAAUGGAACCACAAUUGUUAGCCGUGAAAAAUUGGUUUAUAUACCACGAUUAAGAUCUGAACAAAGUGGCACGUAUACAUGUGUAGUAGAAAAUUCGAUUGGCAAAGUGAAUCAAUCGGUUUAUCUCGAUGUACAAUAUCCACCUCGCGUUCGAUCUAUCUCAUCCCGCAUUCGAGUAAAUCGUUCCGAUUCGGUUGUACUUCGUUGUUUAGUCGAUUCAAAUCCAUCGCCCUAUAAAAUCGUGUGGCUGAAAAACACCACCGAAAUCUUUCGUGAUUAUCAAUUAGCUGAUUUGCAUCUUACUCAAGUCGAACGUAAUCAUUCAGGUGUAUACACUUGCGUCGUAUAUAAUCGUUUUCAUAAUAAUCAAACAAGUAAUAGUUCAAACGCAAUGGAACUUAUUGUACAAAGUCGACCGAUUAUUGAAACAACAUAUUCUAAAAUAGCAGCAGAAAUUGGUCAAUCAGUCAUGUUGACAUGUCGAGUCAUUGGCCUACCGAAACCGAAUAUUAUUUGGAAAUAUAAUGGACAAAUCAUAGAAUGCAAUGAAAUAAUCAAUGAUAUGUGUUUUUUACAUUUUUCAAAAAUAACAGCCAACGAUUUCGGAACCUACCGAUGCGUAGCCGAAAAUCUAUUAGGGCAAGAAGAAUGGAGUUAUACGAUCGUAUCUCGAGGUAAACCAGAAACGCCGAAGAACAUAAUUAUAUUAGAUACUGCGUCGUCAUCAUUUCAAAUUCAAUUUACUCCAUCGUUCGAUGGCGGUAGUGGAUCUCAAGAAUUUGUAGUUCAAGUAACCGAUUCAACAAAUUCAUCGAUUAUCACUCAACAAAAACUACCUUUCAAUACUUACGAAUAUUAUAUCAAAGGCCUAAAUGAAUCAACUACGUACAAGUUUCGUAUGAAAGCAACAAAUCAGUAUGGUGACAGUCUUUGGAGUAAUGAAACAUUUGUAACAACAAGUGAAUUUAUUGUUACACCAGACGAUUUACCACAAUUAUAUGUUGUAUCUUAUAAUCCGCGAGAUCAUUUACUUCAAUUUGAUUAUUUACCUGAUGGUUCUCGCACGACAAGAUUUACUGAUGAACAAUUAUGUUUAAAUAUACGUCAAUCGUUAGAUAGAAAAAUUUAUCAAGCGAUUCCACAAUGUUUAACGAUAUUAAAUCGUCGUGCACGAUGGAAAUUAGAAAAAGAAUUUUCUUAUUUUAAACUAUCAAUUUGUUCUAAGAGACAUAAACAUGUAUGUGGCAAAGAAAUCGAAAUGAAUGAGGAAAUGAAAAUACGAAAUUCAACGCCAAUGCUUGUUGGUAUUUUUGUCAUGACAAGUUUUCUUAUGCUUAUUAUUGUAAUUUUAAUUGUAAUUGUUUGUGCUCGAGCUAGAAAACAUCGAUUAAAGUCGAAUGUAAAUAAAUUUGGUAUGAUUACUGCUAACAAAGGUGCUAGACCAAUUAUAUCUGAACCACGACUUCAAAAGCCAUAUUUACUCUAUACCAAUGCGAAUACUAUUUCAUCUCCAUACAACUACGAUUAUCAGCAAACAAAUAUUUCCAAAUCACGCUCUCAUUCCAGCAAAAUAAUUUUAGAUGGAGGAGCCGUUCGUACUGCAACGAUUCAUACAUCGCCUCAUUGGAGUCGUAGCAAUUCUCGAUCGGGUUCAAAUCCAUCAUCAGAAUCGAGUUGUAUAACUCAAAAUACGAAUAUAAUUUAUGGUCACAACGAAAUAAAUCCCAAUCCUAAUCCAAUAUCAGUAUCUCACUAUGGUUUUCCCCCGAUAAUUCCUCCUUUACAGCAAAAUUCUUCGAUCAUUCAAAGUUCGUCGUCAAGUGGAAAUUCUACACCAAAUCGUAUGAAAAAGCUUUUCUAUGAAGUAGUUGUUUAG